AUGUUAUUAUUCACGUUUUAUUGUCUCCUACUUUACUCGCAAUUCGCCGAUAUCCAAGCUUUUAAUGUUAUGGACGGGGAUUUGGUGACGUUUUUGGAGUCGAAGAAGAAAGCUAAAAAUGCUAAAAAAUUGAAAUUCUUCGACGAUGACCAAGUUUUGGUUGAAAUAAUGUUGAGAAAUGGGAAAGAAAAUUUGAUGGUUAAUCCGAGAAGUAAUCGAUUUGGGGCGAAUAACGUUAAAUUGUUUCAACCAAUUGAUCAAAGAUUAACCAUCGCGGAAAUCAUCAAAAAAAUCGAGAACGAAUCAAUCACUAACAUUUUAGACACGAAAUUAAUUAACCCAAAUAAGAAUCAAAGUGUUAGUUUCGACGUUGAAUCUGCAACAAGAAAGCUAAUUCUCAAAAAUCGAGGAUACCAAAACUUAAUUUUUUGUUUAACCUUAACAGAUGUUUCAAGAAUUUCACCCCCAAUUUUAUUAAUUUAUCUCACUAAGAUAUUAAACGAUCAAAAUCGUUUUAAAUCGGUUAAAACUCUCGGUUUGAAACGACGGCGUCAUCUAACAACCGAUCAACGUUUGUGUAGGCGCCAUAAAAUGUAUGUUGAUUUCGAUGAUUUGGGUUGGAACGAUUGGAUUAUAGCCCCAACGGGGUACAACGCGUAUUAUUGCGGGGGUGAUUGCGAUUUACCAUAUACGAGUGAAGUUAACGCCACAAAUCACGCGGUUGUGCAAUCGAUGGCGCAUUUAUUUGAUCCUGAAAAUGUACCGAAACCUUGUUGUGUUCCAACGAAACUCAACAGCAUCUCUUUGUUGACGGUUGAUGGGGAAGGGGUGGUGAUUAAGCAGUAUGAGGAUAUGGUUGUUGCAUCUUGUGGGUGCCAAUGA